CCUGUUUUGUAAUCAGCACACCUCCUCAUGUUGUCCAACACUUCUGUUCUUCUUGUGUUUUUAAGUUUUUAUUUUCARUCUGAGGUUGGUUUUAUUUGUUAACAGGAUUUAUGAUUUGAUUCGGUUCUUUCUCCUGCCAGGUUCUGGAUGUUUGGACCACCUGCCCUGUCACUACAGUGAUGAAACUGAGAGGAACCAGUGGAUCUGCUCUCACCUCCCCUUCACAUCGGACAAAAUGAAGGAGGAAAAUCAACUUGCCUCUAUGACCAGAGAAGUCCAUUAUAUCAGAUCUUACACCAAAAAAACUGACUUGAUUGGUUCUCAAAAGUGAAAGAACCCAAAAAUAAAGCCGAAGCUGUUUUUGUAAUAAUAAAAAAAAGGCAUUCCUCCACAUGAUCACUGCCUUGCAACAUCUGGACAAUUUAUCUCUAAGACUGUUAACCACAACGACUGUUAUCCUUCGAUUACCUUCUCCCUUUAAAAGCAUAUUUUUAUAUGAAAUAUUUAUCUGAUUAUAUUGAGACGUCUUUUUUGUGGAUAAAACUGUGAAAUUCAGCCAGAAGGUCUGAGUUUGAUUGAGUUGCCCUCAGACGUUUUCCUGGAGCGAUUCGUUCUUCGCAGCUAUGGAUCUUGUAGGUUUUUCUAUCAGGCUGCAGUUGUUCCUCAGCUCGUGUCUGGGACUGGAUUUUUUAGGCACACCGGGUCAGUGGGCACGCUACCUCCGCUGGGACGCCAGCACCCGGGGGGACUUCAGCUUUCAGUUCAAGACGGAGGCCUCCGAGGCGCUGCUGUUGUACUUCGACGACGGCGGCUACUGUGACUUUCUGCAGCUGGCGGUGGUGGAGGGUCGGCUGCAGCUGCGCUUCAGCAUCGACUGUGCCGAGACCGCCGUGGUGUCCAGCAGACGGGUGGACGACGGCAGCUGGCACGCCGCGACGCUGAGCAGGUACAACCUGCGCACGGUGCUGGUCCUGGACGGCCAGGCCAAAGCGGACGAGGUCAAGCCUCAGCGUCAGUUCAUGAAAAUAGUCAGCGACCUUUUCCUGGGUGGAGUGCCUCAGGACAUCCGCAGCGGUGCGCUCACACUGCCUACAGUUCGAAACAUGCAACCCUUCAGGGGAACAAUCACAGACCUCAAAUACGGCAACUCUCAGCCCCUGUUCCUCGGGAGCCUUAAGGUGCCCCUGGAGUCCGAGGGCUGGUGCACCGUGAACCCGUGUGAGAACGGAGGGACGUGCGUGGUGGUGGACGGCCAACCGGUCUGCGACUGCUCCAAGACGGAGUACAAGGGCCGCUUCUGCAAAGAAGAGGUCAGCAAGGCAAUGCCAGGUUUUGCACAUAUGAUGGCAGAACAAGCUAAAAGCAAAGCAAGAGAAGAGAACGUGGCCACUUUCCGAGGUUCGGAGUACUUCUGUUACGACCUCUCCCAGAACCCGAUCCAGAGCAGCAGCGACGAGAUCACGCUGUCCUUCAAGACGUGGCAGCGCAACGGCCUCAUCCUUCACACGGGGAAGUCGGCCGACUACGUCAACCUGGCGCUUAAGGACGGAGCCGUCUCCCUCGUCAUCAACCUGGGCUCUGGGGCCUUCGAGGCCAUCGUGGAGCCCGUCAACGGGAAGUUCAAUGACAACUCGUGGCACGACGUUAAAGUGGUCCGCAACCUUCGGCAGGUGACGAUAUCAGUGGACGGGAUUCUGACCACGACAGGUUACACCCAGGAGGACUACACCAUGCUGGGUUCAGAUGACUUCUUCUACGUGGGGGGGAGCCCCAGCACAGCCGAUCUGCCUGGAUCUCCAGUUAGCAACAACUUCAUGGGCUGUCUGAAGGAGGUUGUGUACAAGAACAACGACAUCCGCCUUGAGUUGUCGAGAAUGGCUCGAAUUCUGGACACGAAGAUGAAGAUCCAAGGCGAGGUGGCGUACAAAUGUGAGAAUGUGGCUACGCUGGACCCCAUUUCCUUUGAGACCCCCGAGGCCUACAUCAGUCUCCCCAAGUGGAACACCAAGCGGAUGGGAUCCAUCUCUUUUGAUUUCCGGACGACCGAGCCCAAUGGUCUCAUCCUCUUCACUCACGGCAAACGGCAGGAGCGUAAAGAUGCUGCACGGAGCCAGAAAAACACCAAGGUGGACUUCUUUGCGGUGGAGCUCCUGGAUGGCAGCCUGUACCUCCUGCUGGAUAUGGGCUCGGGGACGAUAAAGGUGAAAGCCACACAGACCAAAGUGAACGAUGGGGCCUGGUACCAUGUGGAUAUCCAGAGAGAUGGACGCUCAGGUACCAUCUCUGUAAACAGCAGAAGGACCCCGUUUACAGCCAGCGGCGAGAGUGAAAUCCUGGACCUGGAGGGGGACAUGUAUUUGGGAGGGCUUCCAGUAGAUCGCUCCAACCUCAUCCUACCAACCGAGCUCUGGACAGCGAUGCUCAACUACGGCUACGUUGGCUGCAUCCGCGACCUUUUCAUCGAUGGCCGGAGCAAGGACAUCCGUCAGAUAGCAGAGGCCCAAAAUGGCGCCGGCAUCAAACCCUCGUGCAACAAGCAGCAGGGGAAGCAGUGCGAGAGCUACCCGUGCAAGAACCGUGGCAUCUGCAAAGAAGGCUGGAAUCGAUUCAUCUGUGACUGCACUGGCACUGGGUACUGGUCACGCACCUGUGAGAGAGAGGCCUCCAUCCUCUCCUAUGACGGCAGCAUGUACAUGAAGGUGGUGAUGCCGAACAUCAUGCACACGGAGGCCGAGGACGUCUCCCUGCGCUUCCGCUCCCAGCGGGCCUACGGCCUCCUCAUGGCCACCACCUCCAAGGACUCGGCCGACACGCUGCGGCUCGAGCUGGACGGCAGCUGCGUUAAACUCACAGUCAACUUAGACUGUAUCAGGAUAAACUGUAACUCCAGCAAGGGACCGGAGACCCUGUUUGCUGGGCAAAAGCUCAAUGAUAAUGAAUGGCAUACAGUGCGCGUGGUGCGUCGAGGCAAAGCCUACAAGCUAACGGUUGACGAUGUUGUAACAGAAGGGCAGAUGGUGGGAGAUCACACCCGGCUGGAGUUCCACAACAUCGAAACGGGCAUGAUGACCGAGCGCCGCUUUGUUUCCGCCGUCCCGUCCAGCUUCAUUGGCCAUCUGCAGAGCCUUAGAUUUAACGGCAUGCUCUACAUCGACUUGUGCAAGAAUGGAGACAUUGAUUACUGCGAGCUGAAUGCUCGUUUUGGGGUCCGUUCCAUUAUCGCCGACCCCGUCACCUUCAAGACUAAGAGCAGCUAUCUGAGCCUGGCCACCCUGCAGGCCUACACAUCCAUGCAUCUGUUCUUUCAGUUCAAGACCACCUCCGCCGACGGCUUCAUCAUCUUCAACUCYGGAGAUGGUAACGAUUUCAUUGCGGUGGAGCUGGUUAAAGGGUACAUUCAUUAUGUUUUUGAUCUUGGGAAUGGUCCCAACCUGAUCAAGGGCAAAAGUGAGAGAGCGCUGAACGACAACCAGUGGCACAAUGUGGCCAUAACCCGAGACAACAGCAAUACACACACACUGAAAGUAGAUGCUACAGCCACAAGUCAGACAAUCAAUGGGGCCAAGAACCUGGACCUGAAAGGUGAUCUGUUCAUUGCAGGACUGGGUCCAGGCAUGUAUGGGAACCUGCCCAAACUGGUGGCUUCCAGGGAGGGCUUCCAGGGUUGUUUGGCGUCAGUGGACCUCAACGGGCGCCUGCCGGACCUCCUGAACGACGCCCUGUUUCGCAGCGGGCAGAUCGAACGUGGAUGUGAAGGUCCAAGCACCACCUGUCAGGAGGACUCCUGUGCCAACAUGGGGAUCUGCAUCCAGCAGUGGGAGAACUACACCUGCGACUGCUCCAUGACCUCCUACACYGGGACGCAGUGCAACGACCCUGGAACCACGUAUAUCUUUGGCAAAGGAGGAGGCCUCAUUUUGUUCAACUGGCCAGCCAACGAGAGGCCGAGCACCAGGACAGACAGACUGACCGUAGGUUUCAGCACCUCCCUGAAAGACGGCAUCCUGGUCCGGAUCGACAGCGCYCCUGGUCUGGGGGACUAUCUGAUGCUGCACAUACAACAAGGGAAGAUCGGUGUGACCUUUAACAUCGGCACCGAGGACAUCACGGUGCAGGAGAGCAGCACCCCAGUGAAUGACGGGAAGUAUCACGUUGUCCGCUUCACCAGGAACGGUGGCAAUGCAACGCUGCAGGUGGAUAACUGGUUAAUCAAUGAACACUUUCCAACAGGGAACAACGAUGGAGAACGCUAUGAUAAGGUCAAUAAGAAAAUCCCUUUCAAAUAUGUCCGACCUGUAGAGGAUUGGCUACAAGAGAAAGGACGACAGCUAACAAUUUUCAACACUCAAGCAACAAUCACAGUCGGGGGCAGRGACCGAGGCCGACCGUUUCAGGGCCAGCUGUCGGGUCUUUAUUAUAACGGCCUGAAGGUGUUAAAAAUGGCUGCCGAAUCAAACGUCAACAUCAUGAUCAACGGRAGCGUGAGGCUGGUCGGCGACGUGCCCAACGUGCCGGGUUCGGCCAAGACCACCGCUCUGUCUCCGGAGAUGUCCACGACUUUCAUCGAAACCACCACCAUGAUGUCCACCACGACCACGAGGAAACACAGAUCCUCCUCCACGGUACAGCACCCAUCAGAGGAGAUGGUUUCCUCCGCAGAGUGCUCCAGCGACGAUGAAGACCUGGAGGAGUGCGACAGGAGCAUUGCAGGAGCUGAGUUAGUCAUCAGAUCCAUUAGCGCACCCCCCCCUGUAGCUCCUCGUGCACCCUUCAUUCCCACUCCCUCUACCCACCACCCACUCCUCACCAUUAUUGAGACCACCAAAGAGUCCUUGUCCAAGGCCACUGAGGCGGGGGUACCUUGCUUGUCGGACCGAGGCAGCGAUGAUUGUGAUGAGGAUGGCUUGGUGAUGUCGGGGUAUGGCUCUGGGAAAGCGUUGAAGUCUGCCCCCACUGACGGUGAAGAUGUUUACUCGACCUGCUCCCUGGUAACCGUUCAGACCUUGCCCACAUCACCCGUUCAAGGUGACUCCAAAGCAAACGCACCCAGGACUUUUAGCCCUGACAAACCUCCCAUCUUCAGACGCAGUAGGACUACCAACAUCCCAGUAACCGCCGACCAGAGCCGCACCACUCCCACCUCUGCCUCCACCGCAAACCUCCACAAAUCUCUGGCAAAACACACAAAAAAUAACCGCAAGCUAGAACCCCAGCCAAUAAUGUUGCUUCCAUUGCCCACAUCCUUUGAGGUAGACAGCACCAAGCUGAGGGGCCCAUUAAUAAUCUCCCCAAUGUUCCAUAAUAUACCCACAGCACUCCCCACAGAGCCAGGCGUCAGGCGAGUCCCGGGGCCCUCGGAGGUGGUCCGUGAAUCUAGCAGCACCACCGGGAUGGUCAUCGGAAUAGUGGCGGCCGCAGCCCUGUGCAUCCUCAUUCUGCUGUACGCCAUGUAUAAGUACAGGAACAGGGACGAAGGCUCCUACCAGGUGGACGAGAGCCGGAACUACAUAACCAACUCCGCCGUGCAGAGCAACGGCGCUGUGAUGAAGGACAAACAGCAGAGCCUGAAAAGCAGCAACAAGAGACAGAAAAACAAGGAUAAGGAGUACUACGUGUGACUGUGAGACUCGACAGAGCGAAGGCAGAAGAGAACUUUUCUUUUCAGUUUCCCUGUGAGGAGCUGUGACAAAUGAUGGUAUAACAUGGAACUUGAAUAAUCCUAUACUGUGCUGAGUAGUUGAACUGAUAUGUACUGUAACAUAAAGCACACUUAAUAUUAAGCGAAACGCUUAAUGACAAGGUUAAAUAGCAACUUUAGAAACCUUACACUUUUAUCUGGUCAGAGACGUCGUCAGUAUAGAAAUAUUUCACGGCAUCAUUCUCCUAAGUGACUUUUAGAGCUACGUGAUCCUUGGCAUUAAACAAUUUUUUGUGAAAUUGUUAAUUACAAAAGGCUCAUUAUCUUAUACGUUUUCCAGCAUGUAAGCAACAAGUAGUGCUGAACGAGAGGGGGUCUGGCACACAAUGGUUGUAAAAGUACAAAAGACUCUUGUAUCAAAAUAUUACAAAUUUUUAUGGUUUAUAAAUAAUAUAAGUGUGGUGUCUUAAUUAUUUUUUGCUUAAAGCAAAAGAAAAAAAGGCAAAAAGAACAGAAAGACAACUAUUUCUGUGUAUAAAAAAAUGAAUUCAAGUGAGCCAAUCGCKGAGGGCAGACCUCAUACCAUCUGUUUGCUCUGGCAUCUAAUUCACCACAAUUAUUCUCAUUGUCUGACGGACACAGUGACUCUCUUUGUGGAAAGAAUUUGACGGUUCUCUUGGUAAGAAGCGCCUGAUUGUAAAAUGCAUGCCAUCCUGAAUCCACAGUAAGGUACAGUACAGUAAAAGUCCAGUAUAGAGUGUUUCGACUUGGAUCGUGCAGAAAAAAACACUUCUUCAUUUCCAGAUCAGGAACUUUCUGAACCCCUCACAGAAAACGGUCUAUUAUCGCUGCACAGCCAGUGGUGGUUUUACCUUUUUUAAUUUAUAUUUUUUAUUUCUUUUUUUUUUCUUUUUGAAGAAGUGUGUGUUGGUUCAUUGCCUAUCAUUCUCUUUUUCUAUGGAGGUGUUAGGAAGAAGACAAAUGCAGUACUACGACACUGUUAACAAAUGUGUAUACAGAAAUAAACCAGAUGUUGAAAGUGUGAAUUCUAUCUGCUGUCACAGUCAACUGUGUCAAAAAAAUAUAUAAAUUUGUUUACAUAUUUUAUUACAUGCUAUCUGUUGUACUUUGUAGGUAGUAAAUUGUACAUAUACCAUGACAGUUGUCAUUUUUAGUACCUCUAUUGUACAGACUGAAGAUAUGAUUUAUCAACAAAAUCUAUUAACUGUUAAUUUACAUGAAGAAAGACUUUAACCAGACUGUGAAGAAUCAUAUUGAUAUUCAUAAAGAAUAAAAAUGUAUUGUUAGCCUAGAAAUCUACACAGAUGUUUCUAAAGUUGCAUGAAUAUUUAACUACAAAUACAAGGUGCCCUUUCUUCUCUACCAUGGCGUUUUUGUCCGGGGGUACACUGAUUUCUCCUUUGUUUUUUGUUUUUUUUUGGGGGGGGGGGGGUUCUUUGCACUUUUUGCAAAGCGACAGAGCAUUAGUAUGACAAAAAGACAAAACUCUAAAAUCUAUCCAAGGAUGGGGGUUUUUCACUUUUUAAAGGGGUCGAUCACCUCGAGUCACGAGCAUCACCUCUUUGUUUUCACAUGUUCCCAUUUCUGCCAUWAAGAGGCGGAGACAUCUUAGAAACCAUAUUUUCUGUUACAGCCGUUACUUUUCAUAUUUUUUUCAUCAUUUUGAUAAAUAAAAUGUUUUUUUUUCUCUCUGAAA